CACUGGAACCUUGUAAAUCUAUUAGCUGUCUAGUCAGCUGAAGCAGCUAUACAACUUUUAACAGGGCUGCCCUAUUUACUGGAGCCGUAGGUUGUACCCAGUGCAAAGUUACACUUUUCAUUCACAGUCUGAAGAAUUCAGCACCGGAGCUGUCCAGCUCUUAUCCGCCUUCAUACAAGACGAUCCAUUGAGCUCGCGCUUCAUCAAACAACGUUGUUUUUCUUGGCUUGCGGAAUAUUUGCUUUACGGGGUUACACACGAUACAAAAAGGCUGUAGAGAACCGAGACACAUAGCAUUCAUUGACGACAGCUAACCCUUCGAAAUGACUGCUGGCAGUGCGUAGAGGAACAGAAGAAAUCGAGUCCCAAGUCCCGGAGCACCAUCUGAAUCCAUCACAGCCAUGGGUGUGCUGAUGUCCAAGAAACAGCAGGUGGAAAAGGUGCAGAAGUGCAGCGCAGUGGUUUCGGCUUUUAAAUCUGGACUGAAGGACCGGGCGGCCCUGGACUCUGUGGUCCAGACGGAGGUCGUUUCCGAGAACGGCGAUGGAUCUGCUGAAGGAUCCCUCCAGCCUAACACAGACCAGAAUGAACAGAAAGAGAAAGACAACAAAACAUGCUCUUUAUCUACUCAGCAGGACUCUGCCCUGGCCAAAAAGGAGAAAAAAGCCAAUCAGGAGGCUUGGGGACGUCUCCGUGAUGGGAAGGGGGUGGAGCCUGAAGAACUAAACAAGGCACAUCAGCUCAUUCCUCCGGCAUUUGUGCGGCCAAAGAGAGAGGCCAAUGACGACCAGCCAGUAGAUGUGCCGCUUGGGCAAAAAGAACAGCCUGUCAACGAUGAGAUGUGUGAGGUUUGUGAGGUGUGGACGGCAGAUGAUCUGUUCCCCUGUCGGAUGUGCACACGGGUCUUCCAUGAUGGCUGUCUGAGGGAGAUGGGCUACCUGAGCACAGAAGCCUUGCAGGAAAUGAGAGAGACAGCCCACACCACCACUGGCUGGAGCUGCUAUUACUGUGAUAAUGUGAACCUGUUACUUACUGAAGAAGAGAUGUACAGUCUGAUGGAGACCUUUAAGCAGUGCAAGAUCAUUCCAGAGUCGUGCCUGGUGUCCGAUGAACUCCUGCAAUACAGGCACUUUGUGACCAAGCAGCUCUUUGAAAGGGACUUGACUGAUGAGGAGGAAGAGGACGUUCUGGCCCAGUUUGCUGCUCUGGAUCCAGAUAAAAAGGGCCAGAUCGAGUGGUCUGACUUCCUCUACCAUGAGACGCUUUCAGUACUCCAGAAGUUCCGCACCGAGAACUCAUUGGUGAGAAUUCUCACAGCGAAGGAGAGGGAUCGGGCACGAGCCAUAUUCCAGAGUCUAGACCAGGACAAAGAUGGAAUCAUUACCAUUGGAGAAGCCAGGCGGGCCCAGGCCUCCUGGUUCCACAAGAUUAACAAAGAUUCACAGUCCUGCAACGUCAGACUUAUGGGACUGUCUCUGUGUGCCCCUUUGUUCAAUAUUGGUAUCAGCCAUGUUGGUCCAAUAUCUGAGAGCAGUCCUGUCAGUUCCAGCAGUGAGAGAAGCAGAGAUAAAGCCUUGGAGAAUGACAACAGACCAGUUACCUGGGACAACUUCCUGAGAGAGAGCGCCAUUUACAUCUUGGCUGCAAGACCCAACAGCUCAGCCAUGCACAUCCAUUUGCCACUCUAACCACGGCCCCAUAGCCUGAGACUUGCAGAGAGGCUAGAGAGAAUUUCCUUGGUCUGAAUUCAUGAGAAAGGAGUGCUGAGGACUAAACCCCGUCACCAUGAGAGCCAAAAACUAAAGAGUACGCCACCACAGUCAACGACUGAACAAGCCAUCUAUGGAUUCUUCCACUAAAGACAAAAUAUAGCAACAUACUGACAAAAUUGAUGCUCUUGAACAAUAGCACAUCUGUCACGACUUUAAAAUUGUGGUUUUAAUAGCUGUAGAGAGCCUGUGGCUAAAUGAUAGGGAGAAAACACUGUCACUCAUUAGCAGAGAAAUUACGGCACCACAGCGUUUUCGUAUAGUGUUUUUUUUUAAUCUUAACGUGUUGUACCAUUUACGAAUUGUGGCUCUAGCCAAAUUAGUUAUUGGGUUGAUGUGAGAGCUGUGGUCAAAUCAUUGCUUAUCUAAUUUUACAGUCACCACAAAAUGUGAACAUAUAUAUAGUGGGCAUCUAAGGUUCCACAUAGGAAUUAAAGAGAGAGAAAUGUUAUAAACAGGCCUUAUAUAUAUAUAUAUAUAUAUAUAUAUAUAUAUAUAUAUAUAUAUAUAUAUAUAUAUAUAUAUUAGUAUGUGUAUUUAUUCCCAUACCUGUGUUUUUUUAUGUUUCUUUAACUCACUAGUUUCAUCCUUAUUGUAUUAUACUGGAUUUGUUAAAGAUGUAACACCUGUAAAGAUGGCAAAUGUAGAAUCUUCCAAAAGACUUACUGUCAAAUGCUAAUUAAAAGGCAUAAGAGAGCAAAUACUUAACCCUUAAUUUGUUCAUGAUAAGGUUUCGAACUUACUGUCUGAAUGAAACAGACUAUUGCUUUUAUAGAUAGAAUCUUGUGGAAUUUGCUUUUAGUUCUGGACAGACAAAAACACUUUCUAAUAUCUAAAACCAUUUUAUUGUUAGGUGUAAAAUGCACUCUCCUUUAAAAUGGCACCUCACUUUACACCCAUUAUAUCAAACUGUAUGAGGUUUAUGAAACGUCAUAUUUUCCUGUUUAUAUGGUCUUAUGGUCUCCAUUAUUUAUUAGCUUAUGAAAAAUGCAUUCAUGUUGGAUCACUGAAGACAGAAAUUUCAAGGGGCUGUGCAAUACUCCAAGAUUUGCUGGUAGUGCUGGAAAUAAAUGCAUGACAUUAACU